UUAGAGCUACCGACGGGGAAAACAUACAAUAAAACGAUGUAACCACUUAGGGUAAUCAUAUUUCUUUGCUUCUGUUGGUGUUACCGGCUCUAGAACAAAAACACUUUGAAAGAAGGAAUUCAAAACAUCAGCUGUCAGCCAGCUUCAUUGUGUAAGGUCUUGCAAUGGAUUUCCUGCAUAAAUAGUGAUGAAUUUGGACCAAAAGUGGAUGAACAAAUAAAGUUUAAUUCUUCUAUGCUAAUUGAUUUGUACAAACAUUUCAAAAAAUAGAUUAUCUAAUCACUCUUUAUGAGUGCAUAAUUAUUUUUAAAAUAUGAAGCGAAGGAAAAUUACGUUACAUCUAGAUAGGUAACAGAAGUUGUUGAGGUUGCUUAAAAAAAUUACAUUGAUAUUUUUGGCUGGAAAUAACCAUGGCUUCAUUUUGUUUGUACUAUGUUGUGGUUCUUUUAACUUUGUGGACUCGUACAGUGUCGGUGAAUUUGGACAAUAGCACCAGCCCUAAUGCGUCAAUCAACCUCCUCCAUCAUUUGAUACCUUGUCUUGAUAAUGCCACCUAUACCUUGUCAGAUGAAGUUGUACCGGAAAUUAAACUAGAAUUUUCAUCAGAGCAUGUAGAACACGAAUAUAUUGUGAUAUUUGAUAACUACUACUCAUCCCAAAGUCGAUAUAAUUACAUAGAAGCAGCAAUUAAUAAGUGUAAGGUGUUAAAGUGGAGUAUAGUGAAAAGGGACAACCCAGCAAGUCACUAUCCAAGUGACUUUGAAGUGUUGAAGUUGACUAAUUUUGAGAACAAAUCGUGGCUAGAUUUAUUACUGGAUCAUCCUGCUGUGAAACAUGUUGCUCCACAACGUAAAGUUACAAGAACAUUGAAGACAGUACAUGAAACAGAAGAUUUGACAGAAGAUGUAGAACCAAUAAAGGGAAAGCCUUGUCAGAAAGAAUGCUGGUCUCAAAACUGGCGUUCAUCUCGGCCUCUGAAAAGAACGAGUCUAGCUUUAAGCAGUGGAUUUUGGCAUGCUACUGGUAGGCAUUCAAGUCGCCGACUGUUGAGGGCGCUCCCAAGACAGAUCACCGGAGCUUUACAAGCUGAUGUAUUAUGGAAUCUUGGCUAUUCAGGUAAAGGUGUAAAGGUAGCUGUGUUUGAUACUGGACUGGCAGAAAAUCAUCCGCAUUUUAAGAAAGUAAAAGAGCGGACAAACUGGACCAAUGAAAAGACAUUGAAUGAUGGUCUAGGCCACGGUACCUUCGUCGCUGGUGUAAUUAGCAGUACUAAGGAGUGCAUGGGUUUUGCUCCUGAUGCAGAUCUGUAUAUUUUUAGAGUCUUCACAAAUAAUCAGGUUUCCUAUACAUCCUGGUUUCUAGAUGCUUUCAAUUAUGCUAUUCUCAAGAAAAUUAAUGUUUUAAACCUAAGCAUUGGAGGCCCUGACUUCAUGGAUCAUCCAUUUGUAGACAAGGUAUGGGAGCUUACAGCCAACAAUGUGAUAAUGGUAUCUGCCAUUGGCAAUGACGGACCAUUGUAUGGGACCCUCAAUAACCCAGCUGACCAGAUGGAUGUGAUUGGUGUUGGUGGCAUCAACUUUGAAGAUAGCAUAGCUAAAUUCUCCUCAAGAGGCAUGACAACAUGGGAACUACCUGGUGGAUAUGGCCGUGUGAAACCUGACAUUGUAACCUACGGUUCUGCAGUCCGUGGUUCGGGCCUAAAAGGUGGUUGUCGUACGUUAUCAGGGACAUCCGUGGCAUCACCAGUUGUUGCGGGUGCUGUAACAUUGCUUGCGAGUGCUGUUAUUGAGAAGGGAAAUGUUUUGAACCCAGCCAGUAUGAAACAGGCCCUGAUGGCUUCUGCACGUCGUCUCCCUGCCGCAAAUAUCUUUGAACAAGGCAUGGGCAAGCUGGAUCUUGUACGAGCUCAUCAAAUACUGAGCAAUUAUAAACCACAAGCAAGUUUGAGUCCCAGCUACAUAGAUUUCACUGAAUGUCCAUAUAUGUGGCCAUACUGCUCGCAGCCUAUCUACCAUGGAGGUAUGCCAGCUGUUGUUAAUGUAACUAUUUUGAACGGCAUGGGAGUUUCAGGUCGAAUCAUUGAUAAGCCUGUAUGGCAUCCAUACACUCCACAAAAUGGGAACUUUAUUGAGGUUGCUAUUUCAUAUUCACCGCUACUAUGGCCAUGGUCCGGUUAUCUUGCUGUGUCUGUGACAGUAUCAAAGGACGCUGCUGGGUGGGGCGGCAUUGCCCAAGGCAGGAUAACCCUCACAGUAGAGUCCCCACCACAGAAUGGGGAAGACACUCCCAGGCAGUCUCAUCUGAAACUACCCAUUAAAGUGAAGAUCAUACCGACACCUCCACGUAGCCGUCGAAUCCUUUGGGAUCAGUAUCACAAUCUACGCUAUCCUCCAGGAUAUUUUCCUCGGGAUAAUCUACGGAUGAAAAAUGAUCCACUUGAUUGGAAUGGAGAUCAUAUUCACACUAAUUUCAAAGAUAUGUACUUACACUUAUGUAAUUCCGGUUUCUUCGUUGAGGUCCUUGGCAAACCUUUUACCUGUUUUGAUGCUAAGCAAUAUGCACAUUUUGCAUCAGGCACCGCUAUAGCAAAGUUUCCAAGCGGUGGCCUUAUCAUUGGCCGAUCAUUGAAGAAUCAGGGACAUGAAGUUUUAACAGGGGAAACCAAGACACAGGAUGAUGUUCCUAUUCUGGGUCUGUACCGACAGAGCCCAGCCUCAGGCCAUGUCGUCCUCUAUGGCGACUCUAAUUGUAUUGAUAGCAGUCAUUUGCAAAAAGAAUGUUUUUGGUUACUGGAAAUGUUACUGCAGUACACAUCUUUUGGCAAUUUACCAAUCGACCUCAGUGAAGAGCCAGUCAUAAGCCUUCCCCCUAUAGAUCAGUUACCAGAACGCAUGGACAGCAAUCACUUGCAUCGCUAUUCUAAGGUGUUAGAUAGCCACCUUGGAGAGCCUAAGCCUAGGCCACUUCCUGCUUGCCCUCACUUGGCCUGGGCUAAAGCAGAACCAUUGAACAUAUCUGCACCAAGCAAUCUGUUCCAACAUCAGAAAUUACUGUCUGUUGUGGAUGUAGGACCAAUGGUUCUCAAGCGACCUGAGGUUCUGCCACAUAGGGGCGCUGCUCAAGGUGUUGAUGACUGGGACCUCCCUCCGGGGAUGAAUCAUUCAAAUCAACUGGACAAUUCAAAUGCAUAUCCUUUAAUCGCAUUUUUCAGUACAGUGCUUGUACUUGUAUUCUUUUUUGUUCAUGUACACAAGAGGAAAACGAGACCAAAGCGACGGAAAGGGCCACGCCUUAAACGAUUUACAAGGUUACAGGAACGAUUUCAUGGGAAAGUUCCAAGCGUUUGAGAGAAAACUUUCCCAUCUAGAGCUUUUUUUUUUACUUAUUGACUUGUGAAAAUAUAUUAUAUCUGUUGUAUAAGGGUAAAUUCUCAUUUGUAAGUUUAGAGUAAGAUUUUAUACACCAAAUUUUGUGCUAGUAAGAAUGAAUUGGAAAUAGUUAAUAAAAGCUUAUUGCAUUGUGGGAUAUUUAACAUGUAUUUUGUAGAAUUCUUCAUGGAUUUUGGGAUGUCCAUAUAGUGUGGGGUAUUCAUUGUACGGUGUGUACUCUAAGCUAGACAUAUUUUGGGUAAAUUUUAGGAGAUAAAUAAUUUGGAAUGGUAUUGGUCAAUUCCAAAUCCUCUACAGAAAUAUUGCCCUUAGAAUAAGGGAUGUUGGAUACUGUGUGUGAGGGAUUCUAUAUCUAUCACCAGGAAAAAAUACUUUUUUAUUACCUCCAUUUACUAAUAAUCAAGUGCUGUAAGAAAAUAAAACUGUAUUUAAAAAAUUCAUAUUAGAUAUGAAACAUACAUUUUAAUUUAUUUGUUACUUUAGUAGCAAAUCACUAUUUUAAGCUGAUCAUUUUAAUUUGUGAAUUGUGUUCUUUAUAUGACUGAUUUGGUUUGUGUUUAAAUGCUGCAGGUUAUCAGUGUAUGAAAACUAAGAGUUAAGUGUGAAUAAUUUGACUAUUAUGAAGUUCAGGUUAAAGAUGGACCAACUUAAUAACAAAAUAUUAUUUUUAAUUGAAUUUGAUUGUGCUUAAAUUCUUAACAUUUGAAACCUGCCUCUUUUCAUUGAUGAGAAUUUUAUGUUUAAGGAUGUCCAAACAAAUAUACUGAAAAUGUGAGGAUACAACAGAUUAGUUCCAAAGAUCUCUCCAUACUGUUAGUAUUGACAAAUGCCUGCGAUUUGCCUAAAUAUAGGUGUCAUAUGACAUCAUACCCAUAUAUGGAUAUUAUAUGACAUCAUGUCCAUAUAUGGGAGUGAAUCACAUAUAUUUGUCAGAGAACUUCAGAGUGAAGACAACAGUAGCCAUGUUAUUCUGACUCAUGACAAAUAGAGGAUCAGCACUCACUUGAAUCAGUGCUAUUUAUUGUUUAACUUGUUAACUAUUAUUAUUAUUAUUAUUAUUAUUAUUCAUUAUUA